UUACUGUUGUUGCAGAUUUGGUGUAGGUGGGUCGGCCUACAAACCCAAUUUGAUCUUCACAAUCACGUCUUUUUACUACUGGGUUGUUUUUCAUUUCUCUGCAAAGUUACAUGUUCUUGCUUUAAUGGUCUGUUCGUGGAGGUUCUUUGAUGGGUUCUGAUAUCUAGUUGGUUUUACUGAGUUAAAAUUGAAGAUAGAGAGAGGGAUAGAGAGAGGAAAAUGGGGGAGAAGUCUGAAGUUCUGGAGGCUGUUUUGAAGGAAGCUGUUGAUUUGGAGAGCAUACCCAUUGGGGAAGUUUUUGAGAAUCUGAGAUGUAGCAGAGAGGGUUUAACCACUGAGGCUUCGCAACAAAGGCUAGAGCUUUUUGGGUACAACAAGCUUGAGGAGAAAAAGGAGAGUAAAUUCUUGAAGUUUUUGGGAUUUAUGUGGAAUCCUCUAUCAUGGGUCAUGGAAGCUGCGGCAAUCAUGGCUAUUGCCCUCGCCAAUGGAGGAGGAAAGCCUCCUGAUUGGCAAGACUUUGUGGGUAUAAUUACUUUGCUUGUGAUUAACUCGACAAUUAGUUUUAUCGAAGAGAACAACGCAGGAAAUGCUGCUGCUGCUCUCAUGGCUCGUCUCGCUCCCAAAGCCAAGGUUCUUCGAGAUGGAAGGUGGAGUGAGGAAGAUGCUGCUAUUUUAGUACCCGGAGACGUAAUUAGUAUAAAACUUGGAGAUAUAGUCCCUGCAGAUUCUCGUCUUCUUGAAGGCGAUCCUCUGAAAAUUGACCAGUCUGCUUUGACAGGGGAGUCUCUUCCUGUAACAAAAGGCCCCGGAGAUGGUGUUUACUCUGGUUCUACUUGCAAGCAAGGAGAGAUUGAAGCUUUGGUCAUUGCCACAGGGGUUCACACCUUCUUUGGGAAGGCUGCUCACCUUGUUGAUUCUACUAACCAAGUGGGCCACUUUCAAAAGGUCUUGACAGCAAUUGGAAACUUUUGCAUUUGUUCUAUUGCGGUGGGAAUGCUAGUUGAGAUUAUUGUGAUGUACCCAAUUCAAGAUCGGAAGUAUCGCCCUGGGAUUGACAAUCUUCUUGUGCUUCUCAUUGGAGGUAUUCCAAUUGCCAUGCCAACGGUUUUAUCAGUAACAAUGGCCAUUGGUUCUCAUCGCUUAGCACAGCAGGGAGCUAUUACAAAGAGAAUGACAGCAAUAGAAGAGAUGGCGGGCAUGGAUGUGCUUUGCAGCGACAAGACUGGAACUCUGACUUUGAACAAGCUCACUGUUGACAAGAAUCUUAUUGAGGUUUUUGCCAAAGGAGUAGAUGCGGAUACUGUAGUUUUGAUGGCAGCUCGAGCGUCACGAGUAGAAAACCAGGAUGCAAUUGAUGCCGCUAUAGUUGGGAUGUUGGCUGACCCAAAAGAGGCACGUGCUGGCAUUCAAGAGGUACACUUCCUGCCCUUCAAUCCUACUGAUAAGAGAACAGCAUUGACUUACAUUGACAGUGAAGGUAAAAUGCAUAGGGUCAGCAAAGGUGCUCCAGAGCAGAUUCUAAAUCUUGCCCACAAUAAGUCGGACAUAGAGCACAGGGUUCAUGCUGUGAUUGAUAAAUUUGCAGAGCGAGGUUUGCGAUCACUUGCUGUAGCAUACCAGGAAGUACCAGAGGGAAGGAAAGAGAGCGCCGGAGGUCCCUGGCAUUUCAUUGGUCUCAUGCCUCUCUUUGACCCACCCAGGCAUGACAGUGCAGAGACAAUAAGAAGGGCCUUAAAUCUUGGAGUAAAUGUUAAAAUGAUUACAGGGGAUCAAUUAGCAAUAGGAAAGGAAACUGGACGCCGCUUGGGAAUGGGAACCAACAUGUAUCCUUCUUCUGCUUUGCUCGGACAGAACAAGGAUGAGUCCAUUGCUGCUUUACCAAUUGAUGAGCUCAUAGAAAAAGCUGAUGGUUUUGCCGGUGUCUUUCCUGAACACAAAUAUGAGAUAGUAAAGCGAUUGCAAGCUUUGAAACACAUCUGUGGAAUGACUGGUGAUGGAGUCAAUGAUGCUCCUGCACUUAAGAAGGCUGACAUUGGCAUUGCUGUUGCCGAUGCAACUGAUGCAGCUCGGAGUGCUUCUGAUAUUGUCCUUACUGAACCUGGUCUUAGUGUCAUCAUUAGUGCUGUUUUGACUAGUCGAGCAAUUUUCCAGAGAAUGAAAAAUUACACGAUUUAUGCUGUUUCUAUUACAAUCCGUAUUGUGCUUGGUUUUAUGUUGCUGGCCCUGAUAUGGAAAUUCGACUUUCCACCUUUUAUGGUUCUUAUCAUUGCAAUCCUCAAUGACGGUACCAUUAUGACAAUAUCAAAGGAUAGGGUGAAACCAUCUCCUAUGCCAGACAGCUGGAAGCUGGCUGAGAUUUUUACAACGGGUGUUGUUCUUGGUAGCUACUUGGCAAUGAUGACUGUCAUAUUCUUUUGGGCAGCAUAUAAAACGAACUUCUUCCCGCGGGUAUUUGGCGUGUCAACUCUUGAGAAAACUGCUCACGAUGACUAUAGAAAGCUUGCUUCAGCUGUAUACCUUCAAGUCAGCACUAUCAGUCAGGCUCUCAUUUUUGUUACACGAUCUCGAAGUUGGUCCUACGUCGAGCGUCCUGGCUUGUUGCUUGUGGUGGCUUUCAUGGUUGCUCAAUUAAUUGCUACCUUAAUUGCUGUUUAUGCGAGUUGGAGCUUCGCUGCAAUUGAAGGAAUUGGAUGGGGUUGGGCUGGUGUGAUUUGGCUUUAUAAUAUCAUCAGUUACAUUCCUCUUGAUAUCAUAAAGUUUCUCAUCCGCUAUGCACUGAGCGGGAGGGCUUGGGAUCUUGUUCUUGAGCAAAGGAUUGCCUUCACAAGGAAAAAAGAUUUCGGGAAGGAACAGCGUGAGCUUCAAUGGGCACAUGCUCAAAGAACCCUUCAUGGGCUACAAGUGCCCGACCCCAAAAUGUUUAGUGACCGAAACAAUUUCACGGAGCUUAACCAGAUGGCCGAGGAAGCCAAAAAGAGAGCUGAAAUUGCAAGGUUGAGAGAACUACACACUCUGAAAGGUCAUGUAGAAUCCGUGGUGAGAUUGAAGGGUCUAGACAUAGAGACAAUUCAACAAGCCUACACAGUCUAAGGAGAACCAAGCGAUACAAUUUACUGGUGCCGAGGGUAAAAAAGAUGUAUAAUGAGCAUGUAGUUAUGACUCUCUGAGUUUCCCUUGAAACACUUUCAAUUGUUGUGCCUUUCAUUACCAUUGUUGACCCUUGUUCAUCUUUGUCUUGGCACACAUAACCCUGGAAUUGUCAAAUUCUAGUGUUUAUAUUAGUAAUGUUUUUGGUCUUCUAUCCUUUUCUACCUUACUUUUGAGGCAAUCAAUGUCCUUGAAAAUGUA